AGUGGUAAAUCCGGACAGAAAACAUUUUCAUCAAAGCGUUUCCUGGCUCGUGGUGGACAAGUGGAGGAAGGAGUGACAGUUGCAACUUAUCGAUCAACCUAUUUCUGGGAACCAGUUCAGCACACUAACUUUACUGUUACGAUUGUGGUUAAAGAUGGCGACAGGGAUGAAACACUGGACACUCAGACUAUUCCUUCCGAUUUUGAAUUUUUAUACCAUCGCUUGGACUUGGUGAAGCCGGAUUCGCCAUGCGUUCACUUUUCAAGAUAUGCAGCAAAAGAUUCAACAGUGGUAAAGUUUAGUGCAGAAGCCUUCACAGAUCCAUACAACUACCUUGGACUGGAUGAGUCAGUAUCUAAAGUGAACGCUUACGAAAGAUUUAUGAAAAAUACAAGAGCAAUCAACCCCGGAUUUAAAAGUGGCAUACGUAAUACAGUCUUAGCUACCAAGAAGGUAGAAGAUAUUUGGUUUCGAAAAAAAUCGGAGUACACUACAUAUCUUGUUUGGAGAUAUGUUGGAACAGCCAAUGGUGUUUUCAGAAUGACACCUGGAACUUUGCUGGCCAAAUCUUACGAUCCGAGGAAAAGACCAUGGUACCACACCGCUCUCAGCAAUACGGGGUCAGUUGCCCUCUCCACGCCCUAUAUAGACGCCUUCGGUGCGGGAGUGGUGAUAACUGCAGCCCACACCCUCUACCGCGGUGAGACAAACAGCCAGCAUAGUACAAAUGAUCAGGUCAUUGGAGUCAUGGGCGCAGAUUUCCCCCUAUCAUACUUUCAAAAACUUCUGACAGACACAUACCCAAAGUGUGAGGAGAGCAGCUAUGAUUGUUUUGUUUUGGACAGUGCUGGAUUCCUAAUCAUGCACAAUGAUUUCCUACAGCCAGAUAUAACGGCAAAAACUCUGGAGUAUGUCCACAUCACAGAAAAAGAGAAAGAAAUCUCCGAAGAUCUCAUACAAAAAGGUUAUCUGGUAAAGAAGGAAUGUCGAAAUUUGGAGAAAAUCGGCUUGCAGAGCUUUUACGAGCUAAAGCUUCCAUUUCAAGGAGUGAGUACUCUUGAGAAUGGACAACGUUGCAAGAAGUAUCAGCUCUUGAAAGUUGGUGGAAGUAAUGCCUUUUUGGGAAUCAUAUCAAGGGAGGGCUCGUGUUCAUCCAAGACUUGCAGCUGCUCCACUAACAAAGAAUGUUCCAACGUGAAGGGAUUGACUUGCGAAUGCCCUUGUUCCUCACGCCUUGAAUUCCAUUACUGUAGGAGUGAAUUUCCAGCCAGCAAUAUUUCCAUUUGUCCCGUGCCAGCGACUGUUUUUCUCUCUGAACGAGUACAUGAUCCUUCAGUAAAUGGCUUAGGGAAAUGUUUCGACCCACAAUGUGACAAGAAGCCUGAUUCAGAGUCAUGUGACGGAGUCGUGGGCUGCUAUUGGUGCGUUAGAGAUAAGUUCAAUACUCCUCUUUCCAAGAAAUACUGCGCAGAUAUCAAUACCUGCUAUGGUGGCACACAAGGCACAAGAGCCCCAGGAAGCGGUAAUAUUCCAACCGACCCCACCAAUCUAGAAGAUGACGACGAUAAGGGUGGUCUCUCGGCAGGUGCCAUUGUCGGUAUUGUUCUGGGGUCGAUCGCUGUCAUUAUUGUGCUUGCUUUCAUCUUUGUUAAAUGUAGCAGAGAAAGUACUCCAAAAACGGUUGCAACCUUGGCUCCGGCUCCAGCAGUGGAAUACAAUGCACUGCCGCCUACCACCCAUCCACCAGAAUGCGCAUACCGACCUGAGCCUGGUUUUCCUGUGCAUAGCGCUAGUGUAAAUAUACCGCCACCUCCCAGUUAUGAUCAGGCAAUGUCAUCUUUUCCUACCGCUUCUGCACCGCCCUAAAAACGUUCUUAGAGGAGUGUGCGUUAGCGUUUACUAGGUUAUAUGAAAUUAAGGAGAGCUUGGUAAUGCAUUCACUUUACCAGGAGUGGUCCGUAAACGAAAGGAUGAUGCAAUGACACUAUAAUACGUUCUGCCAGAUAAGAGACGAUCCGACCUCUACUAUUCUGACACAGAUCCUACUCUUAAUCUGAUGCCGGUGGUGUUUCUAUAUUAUAUCAUACGCUUAACAAAUUUUAGUCGAGUCUUGUCAAAUCGAACCUAUUAAAGGCACACGCUACUAAGAUUUAGGAAAUGAACGCUUCGCAUUCUUCUCACUAAAAGGUUCUCCAUGUUUUGUAAUUCUGGUUAGAAAAAUUUCUCUUGAUUAACAGUAUCCGUCGACAGUCACCCCCACGAGAGGAGUCAUUUAUUGAGCGAUAUAAUAUCU